AUGUCCUCCGACGAGCCUCUAACAAGAGAGAAAUCCUGGCUGUCAUAUACAUACGAAGGCCGCAAAGGAUGGAAGUCACUCCGUGCUCUCAAUCUCUUCCGGGGCGUGUAUCACGACGUACGCCGUCGACUACCCUACUACUGGAGUGAUAUAACAGAUGCCUGGACAUACUGCGUUGUCGCAAGUACUAUCCGGAUGUACUUUGUCAACAUGCUCCCUGCCAUUGCAUACACAUUGGAUAUGUACCGCCGCACUGGCGAGUUCUACGGCAUCAACGAAGCGCUCUUCUCGUCUGCGAUGGCGGCAAUGAUCUUCAGUGUCUUGGGUGCACAGCCCUUGACCAUCGUCGGUAUUACUGGUUUGAUCUCCCUGUUCAACUACACCAUUUACGAUAUCGUAACUAUCUACAAGCCGGUCAUCUACCCAAAUUUCAUGUGCUGGACUGCCAUCUGGGCUGCGAUCUUCCACUGGAUCGUGGCUGUCUGUAACCUGUGUGACUAUAUGCGCUACGUCACGGACUUUUCGUCCGAGUCGUUUGGCGCCUAUGUUGGCAUUAUCUACUGCAUCAAAGGAGUCGAGGAAUUAGUAAUCGAGUUCACCACUCACGGCAACACUGCUGGGUUCAUGAGCAUCAUAAUCGCCAUCCUAUACUUUCUCACCAUCUACGGCCUAGAACGGCUCGGCUCCAGUACCAUCUGGAAACCCUGGUUCAGGGGCUUACUGGCCGACUACGCCUAUGUGAUCGGGACCAUCUUCUGGGUAGGCUUCUCGCAUAUACCCGGUAACCUCAAAGCCACCCACGUCUCGUUCGUCCCCAUCACCCGGGCCUUCUACCCUACCCAGCCGCGCGGCUGGCUCAUMCAUUUCUGGGAACUCGAUGCCAAAUGGGUAUUCGCCGCACUGCCCUUUGGGUUCCUGGUGAUGCUCCUUUUCUACUAUGACCACAAAGUAAGCAGCUUAACCGCCCAGGCAAGACAAUUCCCCCUCAAGAAGCCCGCCGGGUUUCACUGGGACUUCUUCCUCCUGGGCUGCACCACCUUCCUAGCAGGCAUCACUGGCAUCCCCAUGCCAAACGGCCUAGCCCCCGUACACACCGACUCCCUAACCAUUUACGAAACCUCCCUCCGCACCAUCUCCACCUCCGAAGGCGAGGGCGCCGAAAUCCGCCGCCCAAUCGUAACCGCCACCGCGGUCGUCGAGCAACGCAUCUCCCACUUCCUCAUGGGCCUGCUCAUCAUCGGCACCAUGACCCGCCCGCUGCUGAUUGUCCUGCACACGAUGCCCGCUGCCGUCUUCGCGGGCGUCUUCUUCACCGUCGGCUGGGGCUCCAUCGAGUCGAAUGGCGUCCUCCAGAAGGUCAUCUUCCUGGCGCGGGAGAACCGCUUCAUCCAGCGCGAUGAGCCGCUGUUGACCGUGCGCAGGCGCAAGAUCGCGCUGUAUAUCGCCUGCCAGUCAGUGGGCGUUGCGGCGACGGUGGCCAUCUCGCAGACGAUUGCGGCGAUUGGGUUCCCGAUUUUGAUCAUUGCGUUGAUUCCGUUUCGGGCGUGGGUUAUGCCGAGGUGGUUCAGCGCGGAGGAGCUGGAUGUCAUGGAUGAUUUGACAGCGAAUAAUAGUGCGGUGCUGGCGAGUCUGGGACGUCCGCCGCGGUUUCCGGGACAGCCUGAUCAUGAGAGGUUUGGGCAGGAGAGGCGCUAUUCGGAGCAGAGGUUUGGGCCAGCGAGGCAGAGGGCGGGUAGUAUUCGUCGUUAG